UUGCAGUACUGCUACUGCUACUACGUCGAUUGCGAAACGCGCCCAUAAUCUCUGGAUACACAAGCAAAUGGGGGCUUGUGUGAGCGCGUGUGUGUAUACCUCUUUGACGGCCAUAUUGGCAAAAAACAGCGCCCUCAACGAUAUUUCCUGUUCCCAAUAGAUGCAAGAAUAAGCGAAUUUUUUAUUUUAAUAUUUGACGAGAAUUUUUAAUGAUAAAGGAUUAAAAAUGCCAUUGCCUGCUGCUUUAGUUGCGCGACUUGCGAAGAGAGGUCUCAUCACAGGAUCAGAAAUAAAUGAAUCAUCGUCUAAAAAAGAGGUGAAGAAGAAAGUUCAUGAAGAAGUGAUAGCUGAAGAUUACGAUAAUGCAAAGGACGAGAUUAAUGAGAUCGAUAUAUCUGAAAAAUUCAUGGGAUACACUGGAUGCCCGAACAAAUACAACAUUUACCACGAAUGCACGAAAAAAUGUAAAGAAUUGUGGGGAACCGGUCAACUGCAGCCUUCAGAGAAAUACCUGAAAAAUCAAAUGAAAUUAAUCCAAAAAUAUCCAUUACCUGAGACGUGGAAGGCGGUCUAUGAUCCUGGAUCUGGGCAGCAUUACUACUGGGACUGGUCAUCGGAUUUAGUCUCUUGGCUGCCACCAGGCCACCCAAAAUGCCAGAUAUCCCAGCCGGCCUCGCAAUUGCGAGAGGAAUUGCACCUGAAAGCUGCUGAUCAGGACGAUAACAUGUCUAGUGAUGACAGUGGGAGUGAUCAAGAGCCCAUGGAGGUUGAAGAAACUGAAACGAGAAGAGAACAUAAAGCCUCGAACAGGGAUAGAUUCAAGGUUCCAGAGGCGAAGAAAUCUUACAAGCCAGAUUCCAACAAAGAUAAGAAGGAUCGCAGCUUGGAUCCGAUGGAUCCAGCUUCUUACAGUGACAUCCCACGAGGCAAAUGGUCGGAUGGUCUUGCUCGACACAACGAAGCAAAAACUGGGGUUGAUACAACAGCAUCCGGACCACUUUAUCAAAUGCGACCAUAUCCAAGCCCCGGAGCUGUGCUGAGAUCCAAUAAAUCAUCCAAAUCUGAAUUGGAAAAUCAGAAUAAUAAAUCUAAAGUAUCUUUUCCUGAGAAACCUGAAUAAACUGCACUUAUGUGACUACUGACAAAUUAAA